UCCACACAAGAUGGCUGCGCCCUUGUUCACGUGCUUCUAAAAAUUGUUUUCUAGUUUGCGGUAGUUCAAGACCGAAUAAAAGAUUAAGUGACGUCCUACGACCUAGUCUGCCAUGAAGAUCAAACGCUACAAGCAUGCCCGGCGUUAUCUUGGGUUCUACAAGAAUCUCUUUAACUUCCAAGAGCCCCAUCUAGUUCUUGUUGAUGGAACCUUUACUUGUAUGGCUCUACGACACAAGACAAACAUCAAAGAACAACUCCCAAAAUAUCUGGGUGGAAAUAUACAGCUCAUGACUACAAAGUGUGCCAUAGUAGAAACAGAAUCCUUAGGUAAGGAACUGUUUGGAGCGGCAGCCAUCUUGAAGCGAUACAAGAUUCUUAAAUGUCCUCAUCGUGAGAAGCCGGUUCCAGGAGCAGAUUGCUUCACUGAGUUGAUUGGAGAGGAAAACAAACAACACUAUUACAUCGCUACUCAGGAUCCUGAGUUAACAGAGCAUGUUCACACCAUCCCAGGCAUCCCUCUUCUCUACAUGAACAUGAAUGCAAUCGUCCUGGAGAAACCCUCAAAAGCAUCCAACCACUAUGCAGAGAAAUUAACCAAAAAGAAGACCAAACCCUCAGCGGUGGAGAAGGAAACAUUGAAGCAACUGAAAGGAACUGAGGAGAAGUCAAAGGUUGAGCGGCAGAAGAAACGAAGACGACCCAAGGAACCAAAUCCUUUGUCCGUUAAGAGAAAGAAGAAGAAUAAAAGUGUUCAAGAAACUCCAAAAGGGGCGGAAACUGCUGGGAGGAGGAAGAGGAGGAAUAGGUCAAAGGUCGCUAAGCAUAUCCAGGAACAAAUGAGAACCUCUGAUGAAAGGUAACGAAGAGUCUUGUGUCAAAGGUCAUCGACCCUGAAGCAUUCUCGCAUUGAGAUGAGACAUUGAGAGGAUCGGUGGUUUUAAGAAAGUGAUGAUACAAAGAAGACAUUUUCAUCUGAUGUGUUGCACUGUGACUAAGAUCAAUAGAAUUGAUUGUCAUCUCUGACUUCUAUCCAUUAUAGCUUAAAAAUAGAGGAUAAAUUGCUUUCAAUUUAUUCCAAUUCAAUUUGUAUGUUUUGUAUACAUCUUUCAAAUGUCAUAAACCACUGCUGCCUCGUACCUCUCUAAAAGUGGACAGACUGGUCCUGGAGUCUUCUGUCGCAUCAGUCAACAAAGACACCUGCCAUCCACCUGUUGUUUGCAUAGGUCACUGGGUGCCAGACUAGUAUGUAAAGUUCAUUGCUCUUUAGGGCAACGACCCUGAGCUGACUGUGGACUCACUUGUACUUCACUAAACCUUCUGAACGAGCUUCGGUUGAUCAUUAUUAUUGUUGAUUAUUUUGUUAGGGCAGUUGAUUGCAUUGAGCUGUUUUAAUGAGCUGUUCAACAGUUGCGACUGCCACUACCUUUGACUUUUUGUUGUGAAUUUUUUUUCUUCUUCUGUCAGUGUAGCAAGAAAUGAGAUUAUUGAUCCCACUUGUGAACUUCGAAAAUUCAUUAAAUGUCCAUGAGUCGUUUUUAGAAUA